CUGGAAACCGGCAGGAAACUGGAAGCCUCGGAGACGCCCUGUAACGACCUGCAGGCUCCAGUGCUUCAGGGGAGGGUUACCGAAAGAAAGGGCUAGUCCCAACUCCGCAGCCUCCCCUCAGCGCCGCGCCGCAGGAGGCCGCCUCCCCUCCAGUCGGACGCGGCCUGGAGGGGCGAGACGCGGGCGGGGCGCUGGGAUAGGAGCCGAGCCCCGGCCGAAGCUUCCGGAGCCGGGAGGCGGAGGAUCGCAGGAGGAGGGCGGGGAGGGAAGGCGGGAGGAGGAGGAGAUCAGACGAGGAGGGCGGGAAGGGAAGGGAAGGGCUCGCCUUUCCGCCCGCUCCCAGCCACGGCCAGCGAGCCAGUCCCCGGCGGCGGGCUCCGGUUCCACUCGUCCGCUACGCAGGAGCGGCCCCAGGACACUCCCCGCUCAGCCAGAAUGGAAAUCCCGCCAACCCACUACCCGGCCUCCAGGGCGGCCUCGGUGGCGGAGAACUGCAUCAACUACCAGCAAGGGACCCCGCACAAGCUGUUCCUGGUGCAGACGGUGAAGCAAGCGAGCAUGGAGGAUAUUCCAGGAAGAGGGCACAAGUAUCACCUUAAAUUUUCUGUGGAAGAAAUUAUCCAAAAACAAGUUACAGUGAACUGCACUGCUGACGUACUUUACCCUCCAAUGGGCCAAGAAACUGCACCAGAAGUCACCUUCACAUUGGAAGGAGAUAUUAGCAAGAACCCUGAUGAAGAAGACAACACAUUUUAUCAAAGACUCAAGUCCAUGAAGGAACCUCUAGAAGCCCAAAAUAUUCCAGACAGUUUUGGAAAUAUAUCUCCAGAAAUGAAGCCAGUUCGACACUUAGCCUGGGUUGCCUGUGGUUAUAUAAUAUGGCAGAAUUCUACUGAAAACACAUGGUAUAAAAUGGUAAAAAUUCAAACUGUCAAGCAAGUGCAAAGAAAUGAUGACUUUAUUGAAUUAGACUAUACCAUUUUACUUCAUGACAUAGCCUCCCAGGAGAUUAUUCCCUGGCAAAUGCAAGUUCUGUGGCAUCCACAGUAUGGCACCAAAGUAAAACAUAAUAGCCGUCUGCCAAAGGAAGCACAGCUGGAAUAAACCAUGCAGCUGACACUGGGAUGAAGUGCAAACAUGCCCAUCAACAACGUGUGUGCCACUAGCUCAAGGGGCCAAACAAAUCCCAAGGUGUCACUUUGUAGAAAUGUCUUGAUUACAGUAUAGGACUACAUAGAUUCCAUAAUACAAAGUGCCACUACGUAACAAUGUUUUCAUAGUAGUAAUAGUGCUAUGUAUAUCCCAUAAUAAAAAGCUUCAAUUUCAGC